CGCUUCAACAUAUUAGAGACAACCCAACACUUAGCCCACGACUGCGCGCCACGACCUCUCGCUAACUUCUGGAUUACUGGAAAGCAGAGGGGAUGAGACUACCAGAGAACAUGCCCCUACCGAAUCCUUAUCUUCUCUUGCAGGGGGCUAGAGAGGAAUUGCGCUUCCAAAUCCACAACAGACCACAGCAAGUGUCCCUAAGAAAGGCUAGCUUGUGGGUGGAAAUGGAAAGCUCCAACUUUACGCAGGGAUCUCUUUCCAUAAACGAGACCACGAUUCAGCCGUCACAGCAAGCCAGGGUUGAGACAUCAAUGGCUUUACCGAUUUUCAUGUUUGCUGGAGGCGCCAUUGGGAAUAUAAUUGCAAUAAUUGUCCUUUCAGUAUCAACACAGGAGCGCAAAUCUUCAGCUUUCUACGCGCUGGUGCACGGGCUGGCGGUGACCGACCUGCUGGGUACCUGCCUGGCCAGUCCGCUCACUAUAGCCAACUACCUGGACCAGAAUGUGCUGAUGUACCCACAUGUCUGCAAGUUUCAGUCCUUUUUAUUGCUGUUUUUCGGUUUGACCGGACUGAGCAUCAUAUGCACCAUGUCAGCAGAGCGAUACCUGGCUAUAUGCUGCCCCUACACCUACCAGCGGUGGGGAGUGGACCGACGCUUUGCACAGAAGUUCCUCCUCUUCAUUUACAUCAGUCACAUCUUUUUUUGCUGCCUCCCAAUGAUGGGCAUGGCGGAGAGCAAGCUGCAGUCGUCCAAAACCUGGUGCUUCAUCGACUGGCGGACACACGAGCCUGUGCCCACCGCCUACUCCGUCCUGUACAGCGUAGUCAGCCUGCUGCUCAUCAUGGGCACCAUCAUACUGAAUCUGGCGGUGUGCGGCGCGCUGCUGCUGAUGCGGCAGAGGAUCGUACAGUUGCCCGUCACAAGAGGCAGCGUCCGGGAAAGGUGGCGGGCUCUGUCCUCGGCAGCAGAGACUCAAAUGAUAGCAGUGCUGGUGAUGACUUCUGCGGUGGUCCUGGCCUGUUCAGCCCCACUAGUGGUGCGUGUGUUUGCUAACUGCUUCAUGUUGGAAACCAACCCCAAUGCAGACCUGACUGCCAUCAGGAUAGCCUCAGUUAACCCCAUCCUCGACCCCUGGAUCUACAUCCUCCUCAGGAGGUCCCUGUUUCGCCGGUUACUCGGUUUAUCCAGGCGAGGCAGCAGCACCCGCAGCAGUUCAACUCCUUUACCACAAACCACUCUGUUUUGUUCUGACAUCAUGAAGGACAACAAUGUGUUCACACAGCUGAUGUGCAAUGCAAGCAUUAUCACUCAGGUGCCUGCUACUGUCACAUUCACUCCAUGCAACACGGAGAGCCUCCAGCAGACUUAACUCUCCAGAAUGAGCUCAUGUUUGGCAUCUAUGAAUGUCUGCUGCAUCCUCGUGACGUGAGCAGCUUCACGCACAGCCACAGACUCCAUUUCACAGCUGCCGCCAGUGAGACGGAACAAUGGUGAAGAUUUCACGGACCCACAGCAGGAUGGGAUCCUCAGAGGUCUCGCAGGAGUAUUUAUUACCUGCAAGAGUCGGGUGUCACAGGACUGACUAGAAAAAAAAAUGUUGAAGUGCAAUGACAAGACUGAGCCUUUUGGAGCUAUCCAACCUCUGCCUGUGGCUUCUGCCUCACUGCCACACUCUUUCUCUAGGCUCACCUCCACCUGUACAUGCACCUUCCUCCAGAUCACUCUGACAGCAGUAUGAAUCAGUUAGAGAUCCUCCACAUAGAUGGACCCCUUGUUUCAUGACCAGCAACACUCUGUUAAAAAUCAUGUUCUUAUUAAGAAGCUACCUACAGUAAGACCUACCAUGGGUCUUGUGAUGGACAGGUUCCUCCCUCAGCUACAAUCAUGUUUAUGGAAAAGCCGUGGGAUGGGUUUUGUGUUUUGUUUUGGUUUGUUUUGUUCUUUUGCAUCAGGGUAAUUUAAAAAUUUGUACCAAUGACCAUACCUUCCCUCAUGAUGAGAAAAAAAUGAUUUUGAGUACUCAGUCUUGUGAGCAUUAAUUUCAUUAUAAUUUGUUUUGUGCUCUCUGGAGCUCUGUUUAGGGUUAGCUGAUCUGGUAAAAUGCAUCUUUUCCUUUUAUGUGAUUCAUGUAUAUUUAUAUAUUAUUGAAAUACUGUACAUGGUCACUGAAAGAAAUAAACAGAAAAAAGGAGAAACACAUGAAAUUAAUAAAGCACUGUCCAAAAUCUGCUGAUUGCUGUUUGCAAUAAAGACUAAUGUUUGCACAUCAGUUAACUGUUGUGUUGAAAUGAACUCAUGUUGCUGUGGUCGCUGUUGUUAUGGGCGUAAUUUGAACCAAGUCAA